AUGGCCCCCAAGAAGAACAAGAGAACCGCCGACUCCAUCAACUCGCGCCUUGCGCUUGUGAUGAAGUCCGGUAAGGUCACCCUCGGCUACAAGUCCACCCUCAAGAGCCUCCGCACUGGCAAGGCCAAGCUCGUCAUCAUUGCCGGAAACACUCCUCCUCUGAGGAAGUCUGAGCUCGAGUACUACGCUAUGCUUUCCAAGACCUCUGUCCACCACUUCUCCGGAAACAACAUUGAGCUUGGAACUGCUUGCGGAAAGCUCUUCCGUUGCUCCGUCAUGUCCAUCCUCGACGCUGGUGACUCUGAUAUCCUGAGCACCAACACCGAGAACUAG